AUGAAGUUCACUGGAAUCGUCGCUACCCUCGCCAUUGCUGGCUCUGCUGCUGCCGCUGCCCUCCCUGGUCUUGACGUCGUCAAGGUCCAGGCCACCGUCACCCGUAUCGACGAUGUGCUCGGCAACCUGAACAGCGCCGUCGACAGCGGCGCCCUCAACAAGGCUGACCUCGGUGACGCCACCUCUGAGCUCUCCGUUGUCCACAACACCCUGAACACCCUCGUCGGUGGUCUCGUUGAGGGCAUCACCGGUGGUGCCUCCUCCAACUCUAACCCCGUCUCCGGUGUUCUCGACCUCGCCACCAGCGGCCUCAUCCCCACCGUUACCGGCGUUCUCGGCUCCACCGAGCAGGUCACUGACUUUGGCUCGCUCUCCCAGGGCCUUGUCGGCCGCAUCCAGAGCGGUGCUGUUGACGCUGCUGGUCUCCAGAACAUCCUCACCCUUGUCGGUGGCAACUCUGGUCUGUCCACCCUCAACUCGGUCCUCUCCUCCGCGUAA